UUUUUUAUUUUCUUCACUCGAAACACUUGACCGGAAAACCAAACCUUCUCAAUUCCCUUAUUGUUCUUCUUCGAUUGUUCUUGCUUGUGCUCUUUCUGUUGUUGUUCCGUCGUGAGUGGUGGCGCUGUGUGUGUGUUCGAUGGGAAAGUACAUGAAGAAAGCCAAACCCAAAGGCGAAAUGGCACUGGUGGACUCCACCACCACCACCACCUACUUCGGGGUUCGAACACGCGCCAAAACCCUAGCCCUUCAGAAAUCCCAGCCUCAGCUCGAGCUUUCUCCGACCUCAGGCUCCUACCUCCAGCUUCGGAACCGCCGCCUCCACAAACCCCCAAUUUCGCAUGAUUCUUCCAAGCGUCCCAGGCACCAAAACCCUAAAUCCUCAAUCCCUAGCCCAGCUUCGGGUUCCAGGCUCGGACUCAACGACAAGGACAAGGAGGAGAGAAUCGUGAAUGAGAAUGUCGAUGGGGAUGGUGCUGAAGAAGCAUGCUUUGGGGAAAAUGUUUUGGAUUUUGAAGGUAGAGAGAGCAGAAGCACUAGGGAAUCCACACCUUGCAGUUUGAUAAGGGACCCAGACACUAUCAGGACCCCGGGUUCAACUACCAGGCCUACUUGUUCAACUGAAGCUUAUCGAAGAACAGAGCAUGCAACUCGAAGGCAAAUCCCAACUGCUCGUGAAAUGGAUGAAUUCUUUGCUGGAGUUGAAGAGGCUCAGCAAAGGCAGUUCAUUGAGAAGUACAACUUUGAUCCUGUGAAUGAGAAGCCACUCCCUGGGCGUUAUGAAUGGGAAAAAUUGAAAUCCUAGAAGGCUAGUGUUAGUGUUCCAUCAAGACAUCUUUGAAGUAGCAGGGUUAGAAUAUGUUGAAGCGGUGGUGGUGUUAUUUCCAUUUUCCAUCACCUUCUAUUUACUUGUAAAGAAAGUAGGGCUUUCAAAAUGUGUAGACUAAUGGUCUGUAACUUAACAGAGGUGAUGAUUACACAACAAUACAAAUCAAAGUCCUUUGUCUAACAGAUCAUUUAAGAGGGGCAAGGGAAGGGUCUGUAGGUUGUAGGAUUAGGGAUAAGUCAAAUUAGGUCAGUAUGAGGUACAGGAAUUUACUUAGGUUUUAUUUUGUUCUUGUAUUUUACUUUUCUUUGUCUAUACUUGUACCGAUGGAACUCGAACAAACUCUGAGAAAUAAAGACCCCAUUA